GGAGAAAUUGUUCUUCCUUUCUUAAUUAUUUUAUAAUAAAUAAUAAAUAAUAAUAUAAUAAUAAUUUUGUUGUGAACAACAUGAAUGUUAAAUUAGUUUUAUUUGCAUUCCUCUUUGGAGGAUUGAUUUUACUAAAUGACAAAACAAACGUAAAUGCAUUACCUGCAUUACAAGAUGCGUUGAAGAGACCUGAUGGGCUUUCCGCGUUAUCAUCAGAAUAUGAUUUAGAUACAAAUACAGCUAAACCACUUGGAAUUUACACAAAUACAUUUUGUUCAUCAGGUUCAUGGUUAGGGAAUGGAACUUUGGUUGAAGCGGGAGGUGAUAAAGGAGAUGCAAAUUAUCGUAGUGGUAUACAAACGCUUCGUUUAUAUGAUCCAUCCGUUGGAGAUUGGGUUGAAUUAGAAGGAAUUGUUCCAUCAAAUAGAUGGUAUCCAGCUAUGGUAACCUUACCUAACGGAAAUGUAAUGAUUCUAGGAGGUUCAACUGCUGCUACAGGUGUUAAUAGAGCUGAAAUUGAUAAUCCAACUUACACAAUCUUUCCACCUCCAAAUGGUGGUCCUUUGACAGACACUGCUUUUCCUUUCUUAAGUUCCCUUUUACCAUAUAAUCUUUAUCCAAUGGUACAUGUAAUUCCAAAUUAUGAAGGAAAAACUCAACUUUUCAUAUUUGCGAAUCAAAAUGGAAUUGCUUAUGAUCUUGACACCGGUACAACUAUUACAACAUAUCCAAAAAUUCCAGGUGGUAUUCGUUCAUAUCCAUUAACUGGAACUUCUAUUAUUAUACCACUUGACCCUACGGAUUAUUAUAAACCAACUGUCAUGAUUUGUGGUGGUAAUAAAGUUUAUGAACUUACAUCACCAGCUGAAGCUUCUUGUGGUAGAUUGGAAUUAACUACACCAAAUGCUGCAUGGGAAAUGGAUGAAUUCGGUGGUCAAGGACGUGUUAUGCCUGAUGCUACCUUUUUAGUGGAUGGGUCCAUCUUGUUUGUUAAUGGUGCUGCAACUGGUUUCGCUGGUUAUCGUAAAGGUGGAGGCGCUAACGCUUUAUGGGUCAAUGAAAAUCCCGUGUUUACUCCAUUCCUUUAUGAUCCAUUUGCUAAAACGUAUAAAACUCUUGCUGCUUCCACUAUACCCAGAAUGUAUCACUCUGUUUCUACUUUAAUACCUGAUGGAUCUGUACUUAUUGCCGGAAGUAAUCCACAGGGUAGCGUCUCUCUUAAUGUUAAAUAUUCCACUGAAUAUCGUGUUGAAAUUUUCUAUCCACCUUAUCUUUAUUCAUCAACUCCUCGUCCAAAUAUUAUUUCUCUUCAAACUUCCCCAAUUAAUGAAAACAGAAUUCCUGUAAGUUAUGGCCAAGAAGUCACUAUGGUUAUACAAGUUAAAUCUGAUGGUGGUAACCAACCAGUUUUGAAAGCUUGUAUUAUACAUCAUGGUUUCAUCACACAUUCACAAAAUUUCAGUCAACGUUAUGUUUAUCUUGAAAUUACAAACUUUUGGGCCGAUUCAUCAGCUGCUGAUCAAUAUAUUUUAACUAUUAAAUUACCUCCAAAUCCUACAAUAAUUUCUCCUGGUCCUUCUUAUAUAUACGUUUUUAAUGGAGAUGCACCUCCUGUUAGUGGUGUUCAAGUUUUACUUCAACAAGCAGCUUAAAAAAAAAAAUGAGGUUGGGACUUCAAAAGGGGAGAGAAGUUUUAUCGUAAAAAAAAAACAUUUUAGAACAUGUAAUUUUUUUCCCCCCGUUUUUAACACGAUGUUUUUUUUUUCCUUGCAAAUAUUUUUGUAUUUAUUUAAAUAUAAUUAUUUUAUAUAUAUAUAUUUCCAAAUUGACAAAUAUCAUAAAUACCUAUUUAAUUACGUAUCGUUCUUAGAUUAUCAAUAAUAUAUAACUCGUUAAAUUUUGUUUUAUAAUAAUUAUAACUUUUAGACAAAAAAAAUUUUUAAAAAAUGAAAAAUAAAAAUAUGUAUUAGAAAUCUUCAAAAUAAAAUGUAUUGAUGGGUAUAGUCU